AUGCUGAUUGAAGAGGAAAAGAUUACAUUCAGGUCUGUCACCAUUGGCGAUUCCAGUGUAGGAAAAACAUGCAUUGUAAAUAGGUUCUUACAAGAUAAGUUUGAUCCAGCUGAACCAAAUACAAUUGGAACGUUGUACGAAUCUUUCACAGAUCAUAGAGAUGGUCAUGAUCUCGAAAUCCAGAUUUGGGAUACAGCUGGUCAGGAGCAAUACAGAAGCUUAGGACCUAUUUAUUACAGAUCAUCUUUAGCUGCUAUCGUUGUUUUUGAUAUUACUAACAGGAAAAGCUUCGAAGAUGUAAACGAAUGGGUUUCUGAAUUCCGUAAUGUUGCUGGAGAAAAUACAAUUGUUGUUUUAGUAGGAAAUAAGAUCGAUUUACCAGAACGUGCUGUUGAAAAAGACGAAGCUGAAGAGUGGGCUCACAAGAACAAUUGCAUAUACGCUGAAACAUCUGCUCGUAGCGGAGCCGGUAUUAAACAGCUUUUCACUACUCUUGUUGACGAGCUUAUGAAAAUGUACAAUGGUGAUGAUGGCAUGAAAGUUGUUAGUAGAUCUAAAGUCAACACACCCGAUAAAGUUGACACAAAUGAAAAGAAAACUGGAUGUUGCUAA